ACAAAUCCAAGUCCCUAACUCAAAAAUUAAGAAAUGUCAGUCACCCCUGCACUUCCAUUUCCAUCCAUUUCAGUCCCCAGAAAAUUCCGACAACUGCACCUAAAAUCCCCUACACUCUUCCUAAUCCGAUCCUCAAUGGACACUCCACAACGGAAACACGUGGCAGUUUGCGGCGGUGGAGUAAUCGGAGUUUGCACAGCUUACUUCCUAUCAAAAUCCGGCGCAAACGUAACUCUAAUCGAGCAAUCUGCCGUGGCCUGCGCUGCCUCCGGUAAGGCUGGAGGUUUCUUAGCCUUAGAUUGGUGCGACGGCGGUCCCGUCGCGUCACUCGCACGCGCCAGCUUUAAUCUUCAUCGCUCACUCGCUCAAGAACUUGAUGGAUCACAAUUGUAUGGUUAUCGUCCACUUACUACCUUAAGUGUCUCUGUCGACGAAUCGUCAUCAUCAUCAUCAUCAUCUUCUUCGUCGAACCGAACUGGGCCGCUUCCGUUUUGGGUUAAUGGCCCAGCUAAAAGCCCACGUACUAUUGGGUCAACUGAUAGCACGGCCCAAGUCCAUCCACAAUUGUUUACUAAAACAUUAUUGUCCAAAGCAAUGGAGGAUUAUGGGGUUGAGCUGGUGAUUGGUAAAGCGGAGAGAAUCGAAAUGGCGGAGGGGAAAACAAGAGGGGUAGUAUUGGAAGAUGGGAGAGCAAUUGUGGCAGAUGCAGUUGUGUUGGCACUUGGGCCUUGGACUAAUAGAUUUUCUCUAUUGGGCUCGCUUUUAAGGGUUUAUGGAAUUAAAGCCCAUAGUAUAGUUCUGGAACCGAAAGAGCCUGAUAGGAUCACGCCACAUGCUCUGUUUCUUACUUAUUAUCCGGCCCAAGGUGGGAAGCCCAUGGACCCGGAAGUUUAUCCUCGUCCUACAGGGGAAGUUUAUAUAUGUGGAAUGUCGGCUCAGGCAGAGGUUCCGGACGAUCCAGCGCAGAUCACUCCAGUUCCAGAAUCAAUAAACGCGCUUAAGAGAGUGGCAGCUAGUGUGUCAAGCCAUUUAGUGGAAGGGGAAGCAGCUGUAAAAACAGAACAAGCGUGUAUCCUACCUUGCAGCGAAGAUGAUGUGCCAAUUAUCGGGGAAGUUCCCGGUGUGAAAGGCUGUUAUGUGGCAACUGGACACAGCUGUUGGGGAAUUCUCAAUGGUCCUGCCACUGGUGCAGCUAUGGCUGAACUUGUUCUGGACGGACAUGCUAGCAUUGUUGAUCUUAGCCGAUUUAACCCAGCAAGAUUUGCUAGUGUUCUGAAGAAGUAAGAUGACUACAGUCAAACCUCUCUAUAACAGCCAUUCUGUAACAAUGUUUCACUAUAACAACCACGUUUUCUGUGGAAGUUACGUUAUAUGUUGUCUAUAACAACAUUUCACUAUAGCAGUCAAAAACUAUUGCGACAAAUGAUGUUAUAGAGAGGUUUGACUCUAUGUACAAAUCUAUCUAAAAGGGGAAGAUGGCUUCGUAUA